UCCUGUAAUUAGGAUACUCUGACGUCGCCCUGCAUUUCUCCUACACGUGGGUUUAUAAAACAACCGGCAAAAUUCUUUUCAGAAGGGUAUAUACAGGAUUUGUCAGGCGUCUUUCGACCAUGCCAAAUCCUGAGUGUUUCUUCGACGUCACGAUCGACAAAAAACCGGCUGGCCGCAUUUGUUUUGAGUUGAGAGCUGAUGUGGUCCCCAAAACAGCAGAGAACUUUCGAGCUUUGUGCACGGGAGAGAAGGGUUUUGGGUUUGCUGGAUCCAUUUUCCACAGAAUUAUCCCCGGCUUCAUGAUUCAGGGUGGAGACUUCACGAAGGGCAAUGGCACGGGAGGGAAGAGUAUCUACGGAAGUAAAUUUCCGGACGAGAACUUCCAGCUAAAGCACACUGGAGCAGGGACAUUAUCAAUGGCAAACAGUGGAAAGAAUACGAAUGGAUCCCAAUUCUUCAUCUGCACAGCUGAUACUCCUUGGUUGGAUGGUAAACAUGUCGUGUUUGGUAAAGUCACAGAAGGAAUGGAUGUUGUGCGUGAGAUGGAGAAAUGUGGAUCAAACAGUGGGAAAACAUUAAAGAGCGUGGCCAUCUCAAAGUGUGGGGUUCUGUAGAGGGCAAUCCUAAAAUGCCACAGGACAGAAUAUCUAUAUAGAAACAGGCCCUGUGAUAAGUUUACAGAAUUACUGUCAUAACAUAUAUACAAACUUAUCUAACACUUGUCAGUAUUGAAUUACUCUGUGGGUAAUAAAUGAAAUGAUAAAGA